AUGAGUCUGUUGAAAAUUACUGCCUGCGCAGAGACAAGCUCAGGGCCUGGGGCGGUGCAAGAGCAGUAUAAAAGUAAACUGAAAGCCCUGUUCUCUCAUCUACUUCUCUUGCCUUGCUCUCCUUGGGAAUCAGGUGACAUGUCCUGCUACAGCCCGUGCAUGCCCUGCCGGCCCUGCGGCCCGACCCCGCUGGCCAACAGCUGCAACGAGCCCUGUGUCAGGCAGUGCCAGAGCUCCACCGUCGUCAUCGAGCCCCCUGCUGUGGUGGUGACCCUGCCCGGCCCCAUCCUCAGCUCCUUCCCGCAGAACACCGCCGUGGGCUCCUCCACCUCCGCUGCCGUUGGCAGCAUCCUCAGCUCUGAGGGAGUGCCCAUCAACUCCGGGGGCUUCAGCCUCUCUGGCUUGGGCAGCGGCAUUUGCGGCAGGAGGUGCUUCCCCUGCUAAAGCUGCUGGCCAUGGCCCUGGGUUAGAAGGCACCCAGGGACCCACACGAUGGUACCGCACUGGGGACGGAGCAUCGGCUUGUUGCUUCCAGAGGGGCUGAGCAACCCCAGCACCCCUUGCAAAAGGAUG